CCGUUUCACGACCACAUCGCAAUCAUCAUUACCACGCGUCAGACGGAUUGUCGACGCGCCAUUCUGCUCAUUCCGCCACUGGAGCGCGUCGAAUGUCCUGGAAGAGCCCAAACGAAUUCCACGAGAUCGCUACCGUCCCAUUACGUCCCACAUUCGGCACACCCGAGAGAUGUCCAUGGUCCUGACUCGAUCGCCGCUUGAGAUCAUUGGGAUGAACAGCGCCGGCGCACAAAAGAGACGCAGUGCGCGAUUGUCGCAUGAGGAAAAUGGAGAGGAGGAACCACCUAGCAAGAAGUCACGGACCACUGGCGCAAACGCAGUAGCAGCAGCUGGGAGCACAAAACAACCGAAAGCGACCAGCAAGGCGAAAGGCAGCAAGAAGACAAAGGUGUAUGACGAAGAGGCCGAUGGAUUUGCCUUUACAAAAGGCAAGCGGAAGAAAGCACCCAAAGAUGCGGAUGCACCAGAAGGCGCAGAGGCGCAGCCUGUGCAACAAGCCAUGCUUCCACCGCCGCCGCAGACCAAAAAAUUCGACGUGCCAAUUACAGCGCCAAUAGAUGCAAAUGCGACCAAGGUCCAAAAGAAGACGCGAAGGAAAUUGCCAUCUACUCCCGAACGAGACGUGCCUGAGAAAACCACACGAAGAAGCAAACGAGGCUCGAGUGAAAUGGAGAAUGUCGAAGCAGCCCCAUCUCCGCAGCAAGAGCAGCGCGGACGACGAAAACCAAAUGCAGAGCGAUCGCCAAGCGCAGAAGGAGCACAACCUCUCACGGUGGAAAAGAAGCGCACACAAGGUUCCGGAGUCGUGGAAGAAGAGAAAGUUAUGCGCAUCAUGUUACCCUUUGCGGACACGCCUAUCAUUCGAAAAAAUCGAGCAAUGCGAAAAGCAAGCGCAGAGAACCACAGGCGCAGUAGCUCAGGCAUGCGAGGCCGCAGAGCGAGUAGUUUGAUUGACGAGGGACGUGGUCAUGCCUUACCGCACUCAGAAGUGCCAACUUCUGAAUUCUACAAGCACAUUUCUGCAGAUCUCACAGAGCCGCGUCGCAUGCGAUGCUUACUAGGCUGGUGCGGUACACGAGCGCUGUUGCCGAGUUCUGAUUCGGUACAAUCGAGCAAUGCAGCAGAAAGUUCAGAGGCGAAGGCACGUGCGAUCGCCCGUACAAUACAGGAAGAUCUCUCCUCAGAGCUGGUCACCAACGGCUUUUUCAGCGAUUGGUUCUCCAGAGACGAGUCUACUCCACCACAACUCCCCGUUCGCAAGCGGCCCAAUCCUCGGAAUCUCGCCAAUGCCGCUAAAGUGGAAGAAUUGACAUUGGAGCUGCAGAAAUUGGAACGCGAACGACUCGAAUGGGAUGAACUCGUCAAAUCAUCAGCAGGCUCAUCACAUCAGGAACCGACCGAAGCCGAGACCUGUCUUUCCCCACUCCGCGCAGACCUGCUAGAUAGUCCGCAGCGCGCCAUCUUCGAUCAACUUCAAGCCUCAAAAACAUCUGAUCUGACAGACACAAAGACCAUCCAAAGUCGACUACAAGAGAUCUCUAAGGAUCUUGAAUUUGCCGUCGACCAGUUUGCACAUGGUGUCCACACACUUCAGGUCGCCCGGGAAACGGCAGAACGGGUAGCAGAUCACUCGCUCGCGGAUGCGGCAAACGCACUCGAAGACCGGCAAAAACAGCGCGCCGCGGCGGGUAAACCUGUGCAUCAAAUGGAUGCGCUGCGCGGGCUGGCACGUGUACUCAACGCUAAACACAAAUGAGUGUGUAUAGUAUUUGUGUGAUUGGCAUAGCACAGUCUUCACGUAGCGAGCACGACUGCCUCGCCGUGUUUCUCCUAUUGCUUCCCAGCCAGCGUUGGGAAGAUUUUUGUUUCCAGUUUAAUGAUACCUCCGACGUCUAGACGUCCUGAAACGGAUUCACGUUAUGCCUGCGACAUGACCAUACCCAUACGCUCUUGCGUGAAUACUUGUCAUCUCGCUCUUCAGUUCUAUCGAUCUCUUUCUA